UGACCAGCGAUUCAUAUAUUGCGGCUCUGGGAGCUCUCCGGUACUCACAUUCGUUGCACUCUACACUCUUACUCUGUACAUGAUGUGCACCGCAAGCAAUCUUUCCACUCUGCCAUCCCAGUUAUCCCCGGAGUCUAGCUCUUGGGGUGUGGUUCAGCCACAUGUCACGACUGCAUCCAGCACGGGAGAGGAGUCGGACAAGGAAAACAAAGAUACAGGGGAAGCAGGCACCGCUGACUCUGAAGUUGUGGCUUCUAAAGAUAUGCCAGAAGAUUCCCUGGAACAGCGAAUGACGAGGCUUCAGCUUGUACAAGCGACCCACAAGCAGGUUGUGGCCACCAAGAAGGUCACAGGCGUACAUCGUACUCACAAGGCAAAUCGGAAAGUUAAGUUCGCUCCGAUGCCCCGCCCGUACACCAGAAAUCGGUGGGUCGCUAGCAUGCGGCGGCAGCUCAUCAAAGACGAGGGAAUCUGGUUGCGCGAGGAGAUGGCCGAGCUGUUCGGAGAGCUCGACGAGGCGAAGCGUCUGGUAGAUCGGAGCGCGGCCAACUUCGCUAGGAUUCAGAGGCAGCUGAAUGACCUGCAAGAGUCUCUGCGAGAACUCUAGGAUUGCGCGAGAAUGUGUAUUCUCUUAGUGUAUAAUACGUGCCAUAAUUGAUCGCGUUGCCAGCCACAGGAGAUCGAGCUUCGCGAGUCUUCCUUCUG